ACAAUUUUAUUAAUUUUACUAAAAUUAAUUAUAGUAACUUUUACUAUAAUAUAUUAAAAAUUAUUAUACAAUAUAUAUGGGAAAAUUAGACCAUAUUUCUACUAAAAUUCUUUGAUGUCUAUGUUAUCCCAUAAUUACUAUAAUGUUAAGAGUAAAUUUUCUCCAUGUGCACAGAUCACCAGUAUUACAUAUGUAUAUAUAACAUAUACAUACAUAUAACAUAUACAUAUGUAGAAUUCAACGUACAGCUCUAGGUAGGUCAUCAACCGGGUCGCCCCAGCGUUAGAAUACGUGGCCGUUUCGACUGUACCGGCGACGCGGCGACACGGUUGAGCGACACUGGUGCUUUCUCGUACCUGGCGGAUAUACACGGCCAUGACGCACACCUGUGCGCUUCCCGCAGUCGGUGCACGUCCGCGCGCGCGCGCGCGCACGCACACACACACACACACACACACACACACACACACACACACACACACACACACAUCACCUCGACCACCGGUGCUCCGGUGCACAGUAGCCUCUCGCGAUCGAGCGAGCGCAUGCGCCUUCGCCGUCUCUCUCGGUGGGGCUUCACAAUCGGGUCCCCCGAGCACCGAGAGCGACGAGAGCGUUCCCGUCGCUUUCGCGUCGCGACUCCGCGUCCGCGUCCACGGCCCUCAGUUUGCCGCCGAUCGCACCGUUAUCCUGGUCGCGCGCGCGCGCGUCCUCCGUGGACUAUUCGCGCGCACCUUCGCUUGUGUGCUCCCCCUUUUUUUGAUCCCUUUGGUCGUUUUGAACCCCCUCUCCCCCCAACCCCGGUAUUCCCGAAUAGCGUCGCAUCCCGCACGUCGCGACACGUUGCGCGAGCACAGGUGUUUAAAGUCGGUGGACACGGGACAGAUACACGUCGGCGCUGCUCUGAGCGAAGUGAAACGUGAGUCCCCGUACCUGACGCCGCGUUGGUUUCUGCUGCAUCGAGAACGACGCGAGCAACGACGGGUCGUCAGGCGACAACGGCAACGGCAACGGCGGCGGCGGCGGCGGCGAAUGAGAGCGUCCUUCGUCGGCGCGUGCACCACGUUGCAUCGCGCUGACACUCUGACGUAGCCCGCCGCGGGGUCCAAGGAUGGUGAGCUCCCGCACGUCCAGCGUGAACGUCACCGUUAACGGUAACGCCGCCGUGGUGGCCGACGGCGGCGCGGGAAACGCGUCGCGCGAGGACGAGGGCCGCGCGGCGAACGGCGUGAUCGGCCCUCGGGAGUGGAACCAGAGCGGGCCGCCCUCGCUCUCGAUGUCGGUCGACCUGCACAAUCUCGUCAGCUCGACUCUCACGGAUUCGGGACGGUUCUCCACGAGCCCGGACGACCAUCAGGCCACGUCGGACAGCACCGCCAACGCGAUCAAAAUCGGUUGCCACGACGAAGAAGAGAGCUACGAGGGCUUCGGUUCCGUCGAGGGCGACUUGGUGGACGACGGACCGGAGUCACCGGGCGGUAGCAGUUCCGCACCCUCGCCGACCGGUACCAACUCGCACAGAAAUCCGAGGAGUCCGAACUCUACCGUCGGAAGACAUUCCUGGCUGCGCACUUCGCUGCGGAGAACACCUCCUUGUUCGGCCAGAAAGAGACUCAGCACCAACGCUUUAGCGAGUCAGCUUUAUCGCAGCGGCAGCUUCAACAGUUCGGGAAUGGGCUCAAAUUACGAUGCUACGGAUGAUGUGUACAGCGACGUAUCUUUGGAGGACGUCAUGGAUCUCAGCCACAAAGUUCAAAUGAUCCAAGAGCAAAUGGAUGCCUUAGCGGAUACUAAGUCGGUCGGCGAGGAGAGGUACGCUCGGGCGAAGCAAGAAAAUGCAACGUUACAGGCGCGCAUAUUGAUGCUUGAGGAAGCAGCCAAAGAUGCGGAAACAAGGGCCGAAGAGAGGCUUCAAACAGAGCAACGGAGACAUCGGGAAUGGGCGGGCCGUUUGGAGCGCGAACGUCAACUGCAGCUGGAGAAUUAUGCUAUCAAACUACAAGCGGCGGAAGUAGACAGCUCCAGUUUGCGAGAAGAGAUCGCGCGAGUUCGUGAACAGCUUGAGAGAGCGAGGGCGGAUAAGACGCGGCUGGAGAAUGAUCUUCGGGAGGUUAGGAGGGAAGCGGACGCCGCGCGCGAAAGUGAACGUCAUGCGAUGAGCCGAGCUAACGAGGCUCAUCACAUGCUCGACGCCAUGAGAGAGGAACUUUCAUUACGAAGCGAGGAUCAGCAGAGGAUUGAAGAACUGGUGCAGCAGGUGGCUCAACUUCAAGCUCGCAAUAAAAACUUGGAAGAAUCUCGGGACGAAUUACAAGCGGCUGCGGCGUUGCAGGCAGGCCGUGAACUUUUAAUGCUGAAUCCUUGUAACAAUAACGCUGAGAAAGGCCCCAGUCUCGCUGCGGAAUUGUUAGCCGGCAUGAAUCCAGAUCAGAUAGACGGUCAAGGGGAGCUUAAUGAACUGUGCACGAUGGCUGAAUUAAAACAAGCUUUGAAGGAGCAGCAAGAAGUAAACACGCAAUUGAGAACGUACAUUGAUGGGAUAUUAUUAAACAUCGUGGAAAAUUAUCCGCAAUUGUUAGAAGUGAAGCAAACGCACUGAAAUAUAGCGUAUAAUCCUGUCCUGAUAUUGUCGAGGCAGUUGUAUGUUAACUU